UCAAGUUUGUGAGUUGUGACACUUCCCAAGUCCCAACACAACCAAGUUUCAGUUUUCCUUUUUCAGGCACUCUGAAUUGUUUGCAAAUGAUGAAGAGUGAAAGUUGUGAAGAGACUCUGAUGAAGCUGAGAAAGAUAAUAGUGAGCCUUCAGAAUGAAAUUGACAAGAGGGAUCACAAGCUAUUCGAGAUGGAGUGUAAACAUAGUGACACACUUGAUUGUUUGCAAAAACUCAUCAUGAGGCUUACAGAAAAAAUUAAUUACAAAGAAAGAUGUCUGCUUGAAAUGGAAUGCAAGUACAAUGAAGCUUUGAGCAUGGUUGAGAAGUUGAAGAACGACAAAGAUGAGCCCCGUGAGGGAUGUUGCAAUGGUAUUCUAUAUUCUGAUUUACCACAGAUGAAGGACAUGGUUGUCGAUUCGAAUCAUAACAUGGAAUGUUUAAAGGAAGAGCAUGGGAAGAUUACCAAGCAAUUGGAGGAGAGUAAGGCCCUGAAUGAACUGCAGCAGAAGAAUUUUAUUGAGGAGAUUCAAAAGUUAAGAAGGGAGUUACACAAUCAGAGUGAUGUAGAAAGUGAUGAAGGAAGUGCUGGUAAUUUGAACACUGCAAUUACAACUUUUCAAAAUCAGUUGAAGGACAAAAUGGAAUAUUUGGAGCGUGUGGAAAACCUUAACAGUUUCCUGGUAGUUAAAGAGCAAGAGUAUAAGCAAGAACUACUUGAUGCUCGUAAAGAAUCUAUAAAUAGUUUACAAGACAUGUUCUGUAGUCGAUCUCAACUUGGAAUUAAAAGAUUGGGAGAAUUAGAUCCGAAACCUUUUCGAGAUUCGUGCUCGCAGAAGUACUCAAAUGAACCAUGGCAAGAGAUAUCCGCCAUGCUAUGUUCAUCAUGGGAGGACAAUCUGAAGAAUUCAGCUUGGCAUCCUUUCAAAAUAACCGAGGUCAAUGGUGUUUUACAGAAGAUAAUAGAUGAAAAUGAUGAAAAGCUGAAAUUGCUGAGAGAUGAGCACGGUGAAGUGGUAUACAAGGCUGUAACAGAUGCAUUGAUGGAAAUAGAAGAAUACAAUUCCAGUGGAAGAUACACUGUGCCAGAAAUUUGGAACUGGAAGGAGGGAAGGAGAGCCACACUGAAAGAAAUUAUCCAAUACAUUAUCAGGCAAUUGAAGGCUCACAAGCGCAAAAGGAAGGUCUGAUCUUGUAACUAAGAGCAUCAGAAGCUAUAUAUUUGUGGAGGAAAAAUGUAUGAAGUGCCUAGAGGAUCAUAAGAAUCUUCAUUUCUCAAAUGUAGCAGUGAUGCAUAUCCUCUCAAAAGAGACCAUUACUAGCACUAGCAGCACAUACUUCAGCAGAACUGCUACAUAAGUAGGUGUACAAAAUACAUGUA